GGCUACAAGGCUGGCAUGACCCACACCGUGCGCGAGGUGCACCGGCCCGGCCUCAAGGUGUCCAAGCGGGAGGAGGUGGAGGCCGUGACCAUCAUCGAGACGCCCCCGAUGGUGGUGGUGGGGGUCGUGGGCUACAUCGAGACCCCCAAGGGCCUGAGGAAUUUCAAGACCGUUUUUGCCGAGCACAUCAGCGAUGAGUGCCGCCGGCGCUUCUACAAGAACUGGCACAAGAGCAAGAAGAAGGCGUUCACCAAGUACUGCAAGAAAUGGCAGGAUGAGGCUGGGAAAAGGCAGCUGGAGAAGGAUUUUGCAGCCAUGAAGAAGUACUGCAAGGUCAUCCGUGUCAUUAUGCAUACACAGAUGAGGCUGCUCCCCCUGAGGCAGAAGAAGGCCCACAUCAUGGAGAUCCAGCUGAACGGGGGCACGGUGGCUGAGAAGGUGGACUGGGUGCGGGAGAGGCUGGAGAAGCAGAUCUCUGUGCACAGUGUCUUCAGCCAGAACGAGAUGAUCGAUGUCAUCGGCGUGACCAAGGGCCACGGCAUGAAAGGGGUGACCAGCCGCUGGCACACCAAGAAGCUGCCCAGGAAGACGCACAAGGGCCUGCGGAAGGUGGCCUGCAUCGGGGCCUGGCACCCGGCCCGCGUGGGCUACUCCAUCGCGCGGGCCGGCCAGAAGGGCUACCACCACCGCACCGAGAUCAACAAGAAGAUUUACCGCAUUGGCCACGGGAUCCACGUGGAGGAUGGCAAGGUGGUGAGGAACAACGCCUCGACGCACUACGACAUCACCGAGAAGACCAUCACGCCCAUGGGUGGUUUCCCUCACUACGGGGAGGUCAACAACGAUUUCCUCAUGCUGAAGGGCUGCGUGGUGGGCACCAGGAAGCGCGUGCUCACCCUGCGCAAGUCCCUGCUGGUGCACACGAGCCGCCGGGCCCACGAAGCCAUCGAGCUCAAAUUCAUCGACACCACUUCCAAAUUCGGCCAUGGCCGCUUCCAGACGGCUCAGGAGAAGAGAGCUUUCAUGGGCCCCCAGAAGAAGCAUUUGGUGAAGGAGAAGCCAGGUGUGCGGGAAGAGCUCUGAGGACAGAGAUCCAAGGCUGCCUGCUGGGCAUUUGCAAUAAAGGGGCUCCAAG